AUGACACCAUGGCCAGCCAACAGGUUGCGACGAGUUAGCAUCAACAGCUUUGGCUAUGGUGGUGCCAACGGCCACGCCAUUUUAGACCACCCAAGCGUGGUCAUUCCUGGCUACAGGCAUCACGGAGUGCCUCUGGUAUCAGAAGCAGUUCCCAGAGCCUUGAUACCGAUUGAAGCGAACGGUAAAUCCAACAGUAAUGGCCACGCUGACAGCAUUGGUCCUGAAAAUGGCCAUGCCUAUGCCAAUGGCAACGGCCACGCCAACGCUGGGGUCCCUAGCUGGUGCCAGCUAGCGCCUGUGGCACAGGUGCAAGGAGCAGGCGUCCGACCAUACAUGCUGCUCCCAAUCUCUGCACAUGACGAGACCGCUCUAAAACACAAGUUUGCUUUGACUGAGAGCCUGCUGGGGCAGUAUGAAUGGGCCGAUGUUCUUUAUACUCUCAGUGCGCGUCGAUCAAAUUUUGCCAGGCGUGCAUAUGCAGUCGUCAAAUCCGGCUCACUUCUUCCGAAUGGCAUCAAACCGAACGCAACCAGCAAGGCACCCAGCGCCGUUGCGAAGCGAAUUGGCUUUAUCUUUACCGGCCAAGGUGCCCAAUGGCCGCAAAUGGGCGCGAAGCUAUUCUCCGAAUUCGCAGUUGUAAAACAGACCAUACAAUACCUAGACCAGGUGCUGGGUGCACUCACCCUGAAACCCUCCUGGUCCAUUGAGGGAGCGCUUCUUGAGCCAGCGGCCACCAGCCAAAUCCACGACCCGGCUUUCUCGCAGACUAUCUGCACUGCACUUCAAAUUGCACUUCUGGCGUUGUUGAGACAGUGGAAUAUUGUGCCUGCCGUCACUGUUGGACACUCGUCUGGCGAGAUUGCAGCUGCCUAUGCAGCUGGUCAUCUCAAGGCAUGUGAGGCGAUCGUUCUUGCUUAUUUCCGCGGCCAAGUCGUAUCUAUGAACACUAGGUCGGGCCUCAUGAUGGCUGUUGGGCUUGGCGUCGGGGAGGCCAAAUCCCAUUUGGAUGGCAUUGAGGAUGCGGUCAAAAUCGCCGCUGUCAGCUCUCCCAACAGUGUCACCCUCUCAGGAGAGCCAGAUGCAAUCCAGUCCUUGAACACGACACUCAGCGACAAAGGCCUCUUCACACGUGUGCUGAAAACUGGCGGAAAUGCAUACCACUCUCACCACAUGGCCGCCCUGGGUCAAACGUAUGAAGAUCUCGCGGCCCAAGGUCUGCUGGAGAUCAAAUCUUUCGUGCAGCAAGAGCCCGCACUCCCCAUCUCAGAAUGGAUCUCUUCUGUGACGAUGAAGAAGGAGGCCGUUUCCGUUCAUCCCACAUACUGGCGACGUAACCUCGAGUCCUCCGUUCUAUUCUCCAAUGCCGUCGAGAGACUGGCCAGAGAAAGCCCAGUAGAUCUCCUUGUUGAGAUUGGUCCCCAUCCGGCCUUGGGCGGACCCUUAAAACAGAUUCGUGCAAACCUCGAGGCAAAUGGUUCGUCACUCCCGAUCUGUUGCGUAUCCCUUCGCCGUGGUGAGGACGACGUUGUGAGCAUGUUGUCGCUUGCCGGAGACCUCUUUAUCAACAACGCCGAGGUCAAUUUGCCGGCUGUGAAUGCAACCGAAGAGAUGAAAUAUGGCAAGCUGGAGUUGCAACACGGCUUCUUCUGCCUGAAUAUGCCCCCUUACAAGUACUCGUAUCCCGAGAGCCCCUUGUACUACGAGAACCGUUUCAACAAGGAGUAUCGACUCAGGAAGCACCUCCGCCACGACAUCCUCGGAGCGCGAGUGCCUGGUGGAUCAAAAAAUCACCCCCAGUGGAGGAACAUUCUUCGCCAAAAAGAUCUUCCCUGGCUGGAAGAUCACAAGCUCCUUCCACAUGCUGUUCUUCCAGGAGCCGCGUACAUCACAAUGGCCAUUGAGGCUGUCACUCAGCUGCACUACGAGAUAUACGAUGCUCCUCCUAUUAAAUCGUUCAAGCUUCGUCAAGUUGCAAUCAACUCUGCAUUGCGCGUGGAGGAUACCGAACUAGGGGUUGAGACAUUCCUCAACAUGGAGCGGCUACCUUUGACCAAUACCGCUGCCAUGUCACAGUGGUACAAGUUUAGCAUUGGCUCAAUACUACCCAACAGUGACGUGUGGAAUCAGCACUGUACCGGAACUAUCUGUGUCGCAACGACUGACACGGUUAUUGCAAAGUCCAAGAAGCUGAAGAUUGACGACCGAGCCAAGUCGCUUGACAUCUCCCGAUGGCACAAGCGAUUUCACACAGCCGGCCUCGGCUAUGGCCCAGCGUUUCAGGGCUUAUCGGACCUGAAAGCCUACCGAGGUGCAAAUAUUGCAUCGGCCAAUGUGUCUCUCAGACCUACUCGUUCUUCUGAAAUGGAGUCGCAGUAUGUGAUUCAUCCCGCGACUCUUGAUACUUGUAUUCAGCUGGCUCUCAUCUCCUGCCACGCUGGUCAAGUCGAGAAUUUUGAAAAGGCAUUUGUCCCAAUUUUCGCUGACGAGGUCUCGGUCUGGUUGCCCGAUUUCCCUGAAGAGCAGGCCUUGGGGGUGGCAAGCGGAUGUCUAGUCGGACUCCGAAGCGUCUAUGCCAAAGUGCAGCUCCACGACUCCGCCGGGGCGCCUCUUCUAGACAUCGGGGAGCUGAAAUGUGUUUCUUAUGAAGGUAUCGAGGAUACAAGCACGGUGCAAACAACUCGUGAGUUGUAUUGGCGCCCAGUGGCAAGACCUGAUGUUGGCACCCUGACACCGUCCAUCGCGAAAGCCAUGUUCCCUCCCAAGGAGAUAGCCAGCUAUAUUUCUACCCAUGAUGCACUGGAUAGAUUGAGUGUUCACGUUCUUGUUAGCAUCGCAGAGAAGCUACAAACCGUGCGCUUGACCGAGGGCGUGGGCGAAAACCACGACCUGUUCAGCGACUGGGUCAAGAACUGGGUGGCUUCAACAAAACACCAAGCCGCGAAUGCUUUCAGCAAUGGAAAUAAAGACGCGGAGAUCCAAAGAUUGGCAAAUAAUCUUAUUAGCGUCCCAGAGGCGAGAUGUCUCGUGGCACUGCACAGAAAUCUCGACAAGGUGCUUGCUGGAGAAACAAACAGCCUCAAGGUUCUCAUGGAGAAUGACCUGUUGAAUGACCUUUUUGAUUCAGGCAUCUUUGUACAGGCUGCAUAUUCCCAGUUUCAAAACAUUUUGGAUCUUUUGGCUCACAAGAACCCUCGGAUGCGUGUGGUGGAAGUGGGCGCAGGAUCAGCUGGCGCGACUCUGGCAGCGUUGGGGACCUUAAGACGCAGCCCAUCGAAGCGAUUCCAGGAGUACUUUGUUACCGACUCACAGGGAUGGUGUGUCACUGAUGCCAAGUCACGGAUUGAUGACCAUAGUCACGUCAUCUUCGAGACUCUGGACAUUAUGCAAGAUCCCGUGGCUCAGUCCUUCGAGACUGGUUCAUUUGACCUCGUCAUCGCAGCCGGUUGUUUAACCCAGUUUGAAAGCCCCGAAACAGCAUUGAGAAAUAUUAGGGCUCUCUUGAAACCGUCGGGUUCACUUCUGCUUCUCGAGACGACGCACCUCACUCUGGCUUCUGAAGUCUUGUUCCGCACUCUGACAGGGCAGUGGGGUCGCGAGCAUGUCAGCACGGAUGAGAAGUCAUGGGACUCGGCUCUCAAGAAGUCUGGCUUCUCAGGAAUUGACAUUUCUUUGCAAGACUACUCUGGUGAUCAACAGCAGACGACCGUCAUGUUGUCGAAGAUUGUCCAGUCCAGCGCAGACACUGUGCAAAGGAAGAAGGGAGCAGAGGUUUUUCUUGUGUAUUCGCAGACAACUCCAUUGGCGGCCGAUGUCACAUUCGACCUGCUGAUUGAUCAAGGAUUCAGUCCUGUCUUGGUGGAUCUCUUCUCUGCCCAAGAAAUUCCUCCCAAAUCUUCCGUCAUCAGUUUCGUCGACGCCAAUGGCAGCACUUUUACCUGCCGCGAUGAAGCUUAUUUCGAGGCAGUACGAGAAGUUAUCUUACUUGCCUCGUCCUUGGUAUGGCUGGGGGCCGAUCUUAUGAUCCCUGCUGAAUCCUCCAUCAUGAAGGGCUUCCUCCGAUCCAUUGCGACCGAAAAUGCGCAGUCGAGAUACGCUUUUGUGGAAUUAGAUCACACCAGCUACACGCGCCCAAGCAGAGUUGCUGAGCUUCUCAUCCACAAGCUUAUUGAACUAGAAGAGGCUCCCUCGCUUCAUAGUGUGGAAAGAGAGUGUGUGCUGAGCGGAGGCUCCUUCUACAUUGAGCGCUUGUUGGCGGAUGCCACCCUCAAUGACCAGUUCUUUCAGCGCAACACUGAAGAAGACGUUGGCCAAGCUACCCUUGGAUCUCAGGGACCAAUAAAAGCGCGCUACCGACAGCCCGGCGUAUUGUCAUCUCUUUACUUUAGCAGCGAUCCCGACUUUGAUGAGCCGCUUGAGACUGACUGGGUCGAGAUUAAAACCGAAGCCAUUGGCCUCAACAUGAAGGAUCUUGCUGUCGCCACAUCUAGAUUUGACCUCAACAAUCUUAGUACCGAGGGUGCUGGAGUUGUGACCCGCGUUGGCUCAGCCGUGCAGACUCUGAGGGAAGGCGACCGAGUGUUCGGCAUGAUCCCCGGUAACAUGGGGAAUCAUCUUCGCUCGCCAGCCUCUUUGCUUGCAAAGGUUCCGAGUAGAAUUUCAUCUCAGGGUGCAGCGUCGAUGCCCGUCGCCUACCUUACCUCAAUUUACGCGUUCCGUCAUCUUGCGCGCUUGGAGAAGGGCGAGUCUGUUCUCAUCCAGUCUGCCACUGGAGGUCUCGGUAUGGCAGCUAUUCGAAUAGCCCAACACCUCGGAGCAGAGAUAUAUGCGACCGUUGGUACUGAUAACAAGCGCAGAGUUUUGACCGAAGAGUUCGGCAUUCCCGCCGAUCGCAUCUUCAACUCUCGAAAGCUCAGUGCUGUCGAUGAUAUUAUGCGAGCGACUGGACAAAAUGGCAUUGACGUGAUUUUAUGCAGUUCGGCUGGAGACUCCAUGCACGAAACAUGGAGACUCAUCGCUCCUCUGGGUCGCUUCGUCGACGUUGGUCGUACCGAUGUGCUAGGUGGUGGCAGCCUUGGAUUGGAAGUGUUCAAGAGAAACGCGACGUUUUCUUCGUUUGAUCUUGGCCUUAUUUACCGCCAGAAGCCUCGUCUCAUCACAAAGCUAAUGGAUGAGAUGAUGGCUCUUCUCGACCAAGGGGUCGUUGGGCCUAUUCAGCACCUGAGCUCAUUCUGCAUCUCUCAACUCGAAUCUACUAUGAGUAGCUUCUCCAAGGGAGUUCACACUGGAAAAUUUGUCAUCACUUUUGACGACCCUGCGGCGAAGCUCAAGGUCGCGCAAUCGGCUGUGCGAGCCAAGUUCGAUCCCACAGCAGCAUAUCUCCUUGUUGGAGGUCUGGGUGGCCUCGGAUGCAGUUUGGCCAUGUGGAUGGUUGAACGUGGAGCUCGCCAUCUUGUUUUCCUGUCCCGAUCUGGAGCCGACAGACCCGAGGCCGUCUCUCUGGUACAAAAUCUCAAAGCCGUCGGUGCCAACCCCGAGGUGGUUCGCUGCGAUGUAACUUGUAAAGCGGCUGUUGCUUCCGCCGUGGGCAACAUCUCCGCCCGUUUUAAGGUGAAGGGUGUUAUCCAUGCGGCAAUGGUGGAAGGAGAUGCUUUCUUCAGCAAUGCGACAUGGCCACAGAUUCAAAAAGUUCUUCUGCCCAAGGUGACAGGCUCUGUGAACCUGCAUUACGCGACCGAGAAGCUACCCUUGGAUUUCUUCUUGAUGACCUCAUCCAUUGUCGGAACAGUCGGUACACCAAGCCAGGGGGCAUAUACCGCGGCAAAUGCUUUCCAAGAUGCAUUCGCUCGGUUCCGACGCUCGCAAUCUUUACCGGCAACCGCACUUGGACUUGGACUCAUCCUCGAGGUAGGCUCCGUCAGUGGCUCUCUUGCGUUCCAGCAGAUGUUGCAACGCAAUGCUACCUAUGGAGUCUCGGAAACCGAGUUUCUGCAGCUUUUCGAGGGUGCCCUCUGCGACGGUUCUGUUGCCUCAGAGAGUUCGCUCCUCUCCAACGCGGACCCUGACUGCCUGGGACAGAUCGUUACUGGCCUGGAGCCUGGCCGAUUCCUUUCGUAUCUCGACAAUGGACGCAUCAAUGAGCUUGUCUGGUACAGUAAUCCCCGCUUUCAGGCGGUCGCACAGGCCAUAUCCGACCAGGCCCAAGCUCUCUCGUCCGGUUCUGGUGCGGCAGAUGGACAAGGCUCCUCGGUGUCGAUACAGGUGAAGAAUGCGUCAACUCCAGUUGAGAAGCUGGCGAUUGCCCGUUGUGCUAUCACGACGCAAAUUGGCGAGCUUAUUGGUGUAGCGGCUGACGACAUUGACUCUGACCAGCCUGUAUCGCGAUACGGAGUUGACAGUUUGGUGGCCGGAGAGUUAAGAAACUGGUUGAUCAGGACAUUUGGGAUAGAAAUUUCGAUGUUGCAGCUGCUGAACAAGAGCACAAAGAUUGAGAGUCUGGUACAGGAAGCUGUUAAAAUAUCGUGA